AUGCAAUCACUGCAGCAGAUGGUUUGGGAACAUUUGAGCCUCCAGCAGGCCACCCCGGGGGUCAUCAAGGCCAGUCCAGUGACCAGUAAGUUGGUGAUGAUCAGCCUGGAUCUGGUGAAGACCUGGCUGUUGGUGAUGAGCAUGGAGGUGAUGAAGAACUUCAUCCAGGUUAUCCUUACGUCUCUGACAGAGGCUGCAGAGGAUCAAGAACCAGCAGCCGGUGUCCGGGUCCAAAGCUAUGACCUGUGGGGGAACCAGAGACGGCACAGUGACGAGAGGACUGUCUUUGGAACCGGACUGGACUGGGCAGGGACUGGUUCUGAAUGGCAGCUGGUGGUGCAUUCGAGGUGUUGGAACAGAGACCAUGCUCAGCAAGCCUGUGAUCAAUGCACUGACACUGUGAUCACCUCCCUCAUCAGGAUCACCUGCCAGGUGAACAAUUCCACCAACAUGGCCGACUCUCGAUGUGACCUGCUGAAGAUGGCUGAUGAGGAUGACCCUGAGGCUGGACAUGUGGCUCCAUUCUCCGGUUAUCCCGGCUCACUUCAAGCUGCUGCAGUGAAGCAUCGCAGCAUACAUGACUUGUGGCAACACCAAGAUCCUGGGGGUCUUACUGGAGAAGAUGAUGUCAGAACUGAGAAUCGCAGGAACAGCCUGGAAUUUAUUCCGCCGGACUUCUCCCAGCUGCCACCAGGCCAGGAAUCUGUCAGGGAGCCUGAAGAGAGAGGACUCAGUACUGGCCAGGACAUCCUGUCAACGUGGAGAGUUGACGAAGAGGAUCCAAACAACAUCAGAAUAGUUCUGAUUGGGAAGACCGGCAGUGGAAAGAGUUCAGCAGGAAACACCAUCCUGGGAAGAAAAGAGUUUGAAUCAAAAUCAAGUCAAAGAUCCGUCACAAAGCAAUGCAUAAAGGAAAAGACUGAAAUAGAUGGACGGUCAGUUUCUGUGGUCGACACACCUGGACUGUUUGACAGCAGUUUGAGUCUGAAACAGAUUCAGGAUGAGCUGGUGGGUUGUGUCACUCUGGUGGCUCCAGGUCCGCAUGUCUUCCUGCUGGUUGUUCAGAUCGGCAGAUUCACACCAGAGGAGAAGGAAACGAUAGAAAUGAUCAGGAAAACCUUUGGGAAGGAUUCAGAGAAGUUCACCAUCGUUCUUUUAACCGGAGGAGAUUUGUUAGAAAGAGAUGGCAUCACUGUUGAAGAUUAUAUUCAGAAGGAAAGUGACGAUUCUUUCAAGAAGCUGAUCGCUGACUGUGGAGGAAGAUACCAUGUGUUUAAUAAUCAUGCUGAAGAAAACCGUGCUCAGGUCAGAGAGCUGAUCAGAAAGAUCGAUGACAUGGUGAAGGAAAAUGGAGGACAAUGCUUCACCAACGAGAUGCUGCAGGCGGCUGAAGCUGCUAUACAGAAGAAAAUGCAGGAAAUUCUAGACAGAGAAGAAGAAAUGAAGAGAAAGAUGGAAGAACUUGAAAGAAAACAUGCAGCAGAAAAAGAGAUCAUGAACAGAAUACUUGAAACACAGAAAGCAGAAAAUGAACUGCAACGAAAAUCACUCAAAGAACUGAAGGAAAAUAUCAGGAGAGAAAAUGAGCAGCGAAAGAAAGAGCAGGAAUAUAGAGAGGAAGAAGAGAGGAAGAGGGAAAUAACAGAAGAAAUGGAACAGAUGAAGUUGAUGAAUGAGCUGGUAGCUUUGGAGAAAAGAAUUCAAUCAGGAUUAUAUAGUAGAGGUACUGACCAAUCCCUGGAGAUAAAGAGACGAGAUCUGAAAGGGAAGCAAAGGCUGAUGGAGAAAGAAAGACAAGAGUGGUGGGAGAAAAGACAUGAGGAAGAAAAACAGAGACAGCUGAGAGAGGAGAUGAGAAUUAAUAACCUCAAAGAAGAAUAUGAAAAGAAAAGGGAACAAUAUGAAAACUCUAAAAGAACUGAAGAAAACAUUCAAAGAGAACUGUAUGAAAAGCAGAUCAGACAACUGGAGGAGAAACACCAGAGAGAAAUGGAAAACAUGAGAAAAAUAUUCAUGGAAGAAGUUAGAAAGCAAGCAAAGCUGGGAGGAAUGGCAAAGAUCUACAACUCUUAUGUACCAGUCCUUAAACACCUGGAAAAAACAUGCAAACUCCAGUAAUAAUUC